GUGGCUCUGGUCUACAUGUUCCUGGGCGUGUCGAUCAUCGCGGACCGUUUCAUGGCGUCGAUAGAGGUCAUCACGUCGCAGGAGAAGGAGAUCACCAUCAAGAAACCCAACGGAGAAACCACCACCACCACCGUCCGGAUCUGGAACGAGACCGUCUCCAAUCUCACGCUCAUGGCUCUGGGCUCCUCGGCUCCCGAGAUCCUGCUGUCAGUCAUAGAGGUCAUAGGUCACGGGUUCGAAGCCGGCACAUUGGGCCCCUCCACCAUCGUGGGCUCGGCGGCCUUCAACAUGUUCGUCAUCAUCGGGCUCUGCGUGUACGUCGUGCCGGACGGCGAGACGAGGAAGGUCAAGCAUCUCCGCGUCUUCUUCGUCACGGCCACCUGGAGUAUCUUCGCCUACAUCUGGCUCUACCUGAUCCUGUCCGUGAUCUCGCCCGGCGUCGUGCAGCUGUGGGAGGGGCUGCUCACCUUCUUCUUCUUCCCCAUCUGUGUGCUGUUCGCCUGGGUGGCCGACCGCCGCCUGCUGUUCUACAAGUACGUGUACAAGCGCUACCGCACCGGAAAGCAGCGCGGGAUGAUCAUCGAGACCGAGGGGGACCGCCCACUUCCCUCCAAGGUGGACAUUGAGAUGGAUGGGAAGAUGCUGAACUCUCACGGUGUGGACUUCCUGGAUGGUCCGCUGGGUUUGGACAUCGAUGAGAAGGAUCUGGAUGAGGAGGAGACCCGCAGAGACAUGGCCAAGAUCCUGAAGGAGCUCAAGCAGAAACACCCUGACAAGGAGGUGGAACAACUCAUUGAGCUUGCCAACUACCAAGUCCUGAGCCAGCAGCAGAAGAGCCGCGCUUUCUACCGCUGCCAGGCCACCCGGCUGAUGACAGGCGCCGGCAACAUCCUGAAGAAGCAUGCCGCCGAUCAGGCGCGUAAGGCCGUCAGCAUGCACGAGGUCCGCUCUGAUGUCGGCGACAACGACCCCGUCUCCAAGAUCUUCUUCGAUCCCUGCUCUUACCAGUGCCUCGAGAACUGCGGCACGGUGGCGGUGAACGUGGUGCGACGCGGUGGAGACUUGGGCAAGACGAUUUCCGUGGACUACCGGACUGAAGAUGGCACGGCCAACGCCGGCUCGGACUACGAGUUCACAGAGGGCAUGGUGGUCUUCAAGGCCGGUGAGACAGUGAAGGAGAUCCGCGUGGGGAUCAUCGACGACGACAUCUUUGAAGAGGACGAGAACUUCCUGAUUCACCUUUCCAAUGUGAGAGUGUUGACGUCCGAAGGGGAGGAGCCCGAGGACGGCGAGUCGGCCAAUCACGUGGACUCGAUGGCGUGUCUCGGCUUACCCGCCACGGCGACCGUCACCAUCUUCGACGACGACCACGCCGGUAUCUUUACGUUUGAGGAGCCCGUAUUCCACGUGAGCGAGAGCGUCGGCACCAUGGAGGUGAAGGUGCUGAGAACGUCGGGGGCUCGCGGCGUGGUCAUGCUGCCGUACAAGACGGUGGAGGGGACGGCUCGGGGCAGCGGCGAGGACUUCGAGGACUCUCAAGGUGUCCUGGAGUUCCAGAACGACGAGAUCUUUAAAAUCAUCAAUGUGAGAAUAAUCGACGACGAGGAGUACGAGAAGAACAAGACCUUCUACGUGGAGAUCGCAGAGCCUCGCCUGGUGGAGAGCAACGACACCAAAGAGGAACAGCUGAAGGAAGAGGAGGAGGAAGAGGAGGCGCUGGCAGGAAAAGAUGAAGAGGAGCAGCGCAUCGCUGACAUGGGCCGUCCGAUGCUGGGAGACCACGUCAAGCUGGAGGUCAUCAUCGAGGAAUCCUACGAGUUCAAGAACACGGUGGACAAGCUGAUAAAGAAGACCAACCUGGCUCUGCUGGUUGGAACCAACAGCUGGAGAGACCAGUUCAUAGAGGCCAUCACAGUGAGCGCAGGUGAGGACGACGAUGAUGAAGAGUGCGGUGAGGAGAAGCUGCCGUCCUGUUUCGACUACGUCAUGCACUUCCUCACCGUGUUCUGGAAGGUUCUGUUCGCCUUCGUCCCGCCCACAGACUACUGGAACGGCUGGGCCUGCUUCGUGGUCUCCAUCUGCAUGAUCGGACUGCUCACCGCCGUCAUCGGCGACCUGGCCUCUCAUUUCGGCUGCACCGUCGGCCUGAAGGACUCCGUCACUGCCGUCGUGUUCGUCGCGUUGGGAACAUCUGUUCCAGAUACUUUUGCCAGUAAGGUCGCUGCUACCCAGGACCAGUACGCUGACGCAUCCAUCGGUAAUGUGACGGGCUCCAACGCUGUUAAUGUGUUCCUGGGCAUCGGGGUGGCAUGGUCCAUUGCCGCCAUCUACCACAACAGCCAGGGGAAGGAGUUCAGGGUGGAUCCGGGCAAGCUGGCCUUCUCCGUCACGCUCUUCACCAUCUUUGCCUUCAUCGCCGUCGGCGUGCUGAUGUACCGACGGCGGCCAGAGAUCGGUGGAGCUGGGGGGCCGCGGACGGCGAAGGUCCUGACCACCAUGCUGUUCUUCAGCCUGUGGCUCCUCUACAUCCUCUUCUCCUCGCUGGAGGCCUACUGCCACAUCGUGGGCUUCUAA